CUAGCCAGCGAGCGAGUCAUGAACACGUGCCGCAGCAAAGCUCUCAAGUUGCAAUGGUCAGGAGAGAAGGAGGGUCUAUUUAGGAAAACAAACGACCGUGGUCAGUCAAAUAUCUAACUGUGUCACUGCUUUUCAUAAAAACACUGGCUUGCGUACUGUUUCGGACGGCAUAGCUACACAUUUUGUAGGCUGGUGAGUGUGAGCGUGACGUCGGAAGACAUUCGUGUCGCUGCUUGUUUCUCUUUCUACAGCUUGAUUCUGCUUGGUACAUGUACUUUGAGUAACUCAGGGUAGCUGGCUAUAGAAUGAUGCCGAUAAAUAAUUUCGAAAUAUACCUUCUCACAUCGAUAUAAACACUCGACAGGUAGAGGACAGCCGUUAAGGACUAAAGGACUGGUAAGGACUCGCUGUGACAGAGGAAAUGUCAUGCUAGUAAUAGUCGUGACAGCUUUCGAUUGCCGUUAUUUUCCUUAGGUUGGUUCCAUUUUAGCAAUGGACGGCGAGAUAACUGUUGAACCGAGGCAGAACAUCAAGAAAGCGGACUGUUUUGAAAAGACGUUUUCAGCAUUAACUGUCGACGAUGUGUAUGAAAUAGCUAAAUUGAUCGGUUCCGAAGUGGAAAAACUUAUCGACGGCUAUGGCAAAGGGAGCGUGGAGGGUCUGGUGCCCAAAAUUGUUAAAGUUUUGGAACUGUUGGAGAGUUUCGCUGCAAGGAACCAUGCACACAUGUCCAGAGAAGAAGAACUGUUAAAAGCAUUUGAGACACUACAGGUACAACAACAGAAAAAACGAGGGUUAAAAGACAGCGGAGACAACAGCAACAACACUGAGUUACGGGACUUGCAGCAGAAGGAGCAGAAGUGGAGGAAUAAGUUAGAAGAAGUCCAGACCCAGAUGCUUAAAUUGCAGGAGGAGAACCAGGCUCUCCAGAGCCAACUCCAGUGCAGCCACUCCAAAGAAGACCACACACAUCGACAGGAGAGAGAGGUGAUGCUCAAACUGAAGGAGGUGGUGGACAAACAACGGGAUGAACUUCGAGCAAAAGUGCAAGAGAUUUCCAGCAUGUCGAAAGAAGUGGAGGCGCUGCAGGAGCAGUUGGAUCGUUUUAUGAAGAUGAAUGGGGAGCUGAGGCAUAAACACAGUGUAGCACAGGCUCAGGUAAAGAGUGCAGUGGAGCGCAGGGCUGACCUCGAGGCGGAUCUGUGUGAGAAACAGAAGGAGAUUGACAGGCUCACUGCCCAACUGGAGAAAGCAAAUGUGGCCAGUGAGACGAGCUCAUGUAAACCAGGCAUUGACCUGACCAAUAAGAUGGUCAUCGACUUGAACGAUCCCAACCGUCCGUGUUUCACCAAACAGGAAGUGAGGGAUAUGCUGUUUGAGAGAAACGAGUUGAAGGCAAACCUCUUUCUGGUCCAGGAGGAGCUGGCCUAUUACCAGAGGGAGAUCCUGAAUGACGAGCGAUGCCCAGGCUUUUUACUGGAAGCAGUGCGUUCGGCCAUAAAGAAACAGAGGACUGUUAUUAAGGCCAAAAUGCUCGGCAUCCCUGAAGACGAGUGCAGCAGUGAUGAGGAGAAGGGACCCCUGUUUGAAAGAGGGAAGGCAGACAACAAUACAAGCUCAACAGACUGCAUGGACAGCAAACCUCCAGAGUCACGCAUCCAAACUCUAUUUGGUUUCCUGACCAGGUCAGGCUCUGGCCGAAGCCCCAGCCACCAGAACGCUGGCUGGGAAAUCCUCAACACCGAUGAGAUGGAGCCUGAGGCAGAGACAGAACCCCGUCAAUCACCCCAACACCGCCUCUCUCAUGACCAAGACAAAUGAGAGCCCUGAGAAAUCAGAGAUCUAACUGCACAGACACUCAACAGUAGUUGAAGUUUUAAUGGGACUUUCAUACUGUAGUGUAUGGAUGUACACAAUUAACAGACCUUGUUAGUAUACAUGUCACUGAAUUGUUCAAUUAAAAUCAGUGACUGGAGAAUCUCUUUAAAAUAAUGAGUAGAUUUGCAGCUCUCAAAUGCUUAUUUCAUACCUCGUUUUGUAUUCAAGAUGAGUAACUACUAUACAGUAACCAUGGAUACCCACAUGUCCUUAUCCUACAGUGAAAAAAUAGAAGUUAUUUUUAUAGAUGUGAUUUUUAUUAUAUGAUUUUUAACCAAAGAUCCAAACAUGUAUUAAUACCAAAAAUCAUAUAAUAUAACGGCACAAACUGUUGUCACGAGGGUGCA